AACGAAAGCGACGAAAACUGAAAGUAUGGCGUGCUGGGGGUUCGUCUGUCCAAUAUGCGGUCUGCAUGAGUGCUGUUUAUUAUAAAUGAAUGCUGUUGACAGAGUCUUCAGGAAGAUGUUCUAGCCACGGCAUGGCCAAGGGCACUUAUAAGGAAAGCAAAUGGCAGACGACAAAGACAGCACCACAGGCCAACUGAAGGAUACCGCCGAAAACGACGAAAAAGCAAGGCGGCCUUUUCCACGACCUCCACUACAAGCUGCUGCACACACGUCACAAAGUUCUCCGUCAACACAUUCAAUACAUUCAAUACGUUCCACACACUCUGUACAUGGCCACUAUCCAAGGCGUGCAAGCAUAGCUUCUAUACCCGACGAUGCUCGCAGGGCUUCGUCGUCUACGAGAGGUCGAAGCCGGAGCCGAUCGUUAAGCCUUCCAGAGGACAACCCUUUCCCAGGAAUCGCACGAAGGCCCUCGUCCAGGUCUCUCACAGGUCGAGAAGACCUCGGAGUUUCUUCGCCCGACUACUCGAGGUCGCCUCCGGACUUACCGCCGAGAUUGUACGCAGUGCCGGUAAAAAAAGCCACCGCCGUCCUCGACCUGCUCGACGAUAAAGUCGAGGCACGCCACAUGUCGCCCGACAGUUUAUCGGCAGAAGAAGAGGCUGAGCUGAAUGCAGCCGCGGUGACGCCACCGUCGUCGGCAGCUGAGCUGGCUAAAACGAAGGCAAAACAGGAAGAACCACAGCGCACACGUCCAAAACCUCCAGAUGUGCAGACGGAACCAGCAAAGGUGCCGGAACAGUUGCUCCCAGAAUCCAAAGAAAACAAAUGCAAACAAGUUUGUAAGCAGAAGUCGCCAGAAUCAAAAGAAAACAAAUUCAGGGAAGUUUGUAAGCAGAAGUCACCAGAAUCAAAAGAAAACAAAUUCAGAGAAGUUUGUAAGCAGAAGUCACCAGAAUCAAAAGAAAACAAAUUCAGAGAAGUUUGUAAGCAGAAGUCACCAGAAUCCAAGGAAAAGCCGAAAGAAUCUGUAAAAGUAUUGUCAGAAUCCAAAAUCACGCUAACAGAAACAAAGAAUAGACUGUCGAAAACUGACACAAAAGGGUGUCAUGGGGAAGCCAGUAAGAAGUCAAUGUCGUCAGCCGACCUGAUACAGCCAAGGGACAAAGAUUUUGACCACAUAAAUAGAAAGCAAGCCUGCAGGUGGUUAGAGGGAUCCAUUAAAGACGAAGACGAGGGAAUCGAGAAUGAGCCCGACGUUUCCCUGUACAAAGUUCCGCGUUCUGUAUCUGCAGGCUGCAUAGGCAAGUUUAGUUUGGAUUUUCUACAGUCUGAAUACUGAACAUGAUCGUCUGCAUGUACUAUGUGUCUUAAACAAUUCUUUAUCACUGAUACCAGCCAGAAACAAACCAAAGACACCAUUCAACACUACAAGGCCAUGCUCCAUGAAAGUGCACAACAAGCCAUCGUGGUUUGUGUCACUUCAGAGCAAAACUGGAAUGCAAGAAACAGGUGGAGAAAAUUUUGAUUGGCUGGAGCGGCCGGCUUUCGAAGGAUCCAAAAGUCGCAGACGGUCGUUCGUCCAGCAAGACACGGGAGGAACCUCUGGGUAUUUGAACACAUUUCUUUCUCACCCUCCAGGGGGCACUUCUGCACUGGCGCACCCUAUGCACUCGCGGAGGCUAGAAGUAAAAAAAUGUACGACGUUACGCCUGUUCUGGAGCACCCCCGUUACGAGUUGUGCAACACGUCUUUCUUUUUUCAGUUCCACAGAAAAGGUAUCGUGUUCCGCUCGCCUCGGCCGUCGAGUGCAGUCGCAAACUGGCAACUCUGUGUAUAGCAUCAAGAGCCCAGAGCCCCAGAAGGGUAAAACUGAAAAACAUUACAAACACGUCGUGCACCCGAAAGACAGCGCGCCGUUGAGCAUCAUCGACAGCAUCAGCGAAAAAGUGAGCCUCGAAGAUAGCUGGUGCUCCUUACGAGCAUUUGAGCGGAGUCACAGAGGAAGGCUCGAAAACGACGUCACGUCACCUAACAGUAAUGUCGGCAGCGCAAAUAAAUCUGCCGUACCGAGGAAGAAGCUCUAUGCCGACUGUCGCACGACGAUGGGCAGGGAAGACGACGGAACCUGCGUUUUCAACUUAGAUGCCGACUUCACGAUCCCAGUCUUGCCCGAAGGUCAGCUGCUGACCAUGAACAUACUCAGCACAUGGGGCGAUCGCCACUACGUCGGUCUAAACGGCAUCGAGAUCUUCGGAGACGACGGAAAACGCGUCGAAGUCGCGGAGAUCAGUGCUGAUCCCGCGGAUAUCAACGUUCUGCCCGAGUACUGCCACGACCCUCGGGUCGUGGCUAACCUCGUCGACGGCGUCUGCCUCACGCGCGACGACAUGCAUUUAUGGCUAGCUCCGUUCACGGCUCGCCAAAAUCACUUCGUGUACCUCAAGUUUGUACGCCCAGCCAAGAUUGCAAUGAUCAGGAUCUGGAACUAUAACAAGUCCAGGAUCCACUCCUUUCGUGGCGCAAGAUACGUUGAGAUGACUCUCGACGGAUGCGCCAUUUUCAAGGGGGAGAUUUCUAAAGCUUCGGGAGAAACCAAAGGUUCUAUACAAUCGUUUGGAGAUACGAUUCUGUUCACAAUAGACGAGGUCAUAUUAGAGGAGAUUUCGCACCAUGACACGUUAUUCAAAGAGCUGGCAGACCAACCGAGUAACGCCGUUGAAAGGACGCAAGUCCGUCCUCCAACCGCGGACGGAUCUAGGGCGGACGCCGGACGGCCGUUCACGACGGCCGCGGGCAGAAGACACAAGCGAACGUCCGCAAACUCCGACAUUACGUACGGAAAAACGAUUGAGCUUCAAAUACUCGAAAACUGGGGUGAUCCCGCAUACGUGGGCCUGACAGGAAUUGCUAUACUAGGAGUUAACGGCAUUCCGUUAAAGGUCGAACCCGACAUGAUGGCGGUGUCUCCAGUCACGCAUCACAGCGCGGACGUUGCGAGACUGGUCGACGGAACAAACGUAACUACGGAUCGGCACCACAUGUGGAAGGUGCCAUUCAUAAGCGGGGUGACACUGACGGUAUCCCUGCGAGAGAGAGGGCCCAUAACGGCACUCAAGAUUUGGAACUACAACUCAGACUUGGAAGAUUCGUAUCAAGGAGUCAAACUGAUGUCUGUUUCUGUGGACGGCAAAACAGUUUCUCCAGCAGGUGGCGUACUGGUGCGCAAGACAUCGGGCCAUCGUCAUUACGACUUUGUUCAAGAAAUAAAAUUAAUGCAGGAAGAUCUACUGAACUAUGCUCCACUAACACCAACUGUACUGCCUCAUGGAUUUGUAUUCGAGAUACAGAUCCUAUCAACCUGGGGAGACGUCUACUACGCUGGACUCAACGGACUUGAAUUCCGCGACACCGAAGGGAAGAAAAUACGCCUGACCGAGCACAAUGUUGCAGCAUUUCCAGAAAGUGUCAACGUCCUCGACAACGUCCAGAACGACGUCCGCACGCCCGACAAGCUCGUCGACGGCGUGAACGCGUCUGACGAUCCCUGUCAUUCGUGGCUAGCACCGAUACUACCUCACGAUAUCAACAAAGUGUACGUCAUCUUCGACAGCCCGAUAGCGGUGUCGUCCAUUCGUUUGUGGAACUACCGGAAGACGCCGGCUCGUGGUGUCAGGGAUUUUAGGAUAUGCGUAGAUGAACUCCUUGUCUACACUGGAGUUCUGCCACAGUUUGAGCCGUCGUCGGUGGCAUACCACACGGUACGGUUCUGCUCGGGCGACACCACGUCAGACGACAGUGACGGCUACUCGUGGUAUUUAGACUGAAACCGUCAACUCUCCCAUCACGUCUACAUCGACAAUCCCAGUUUGCAGUUACCAAGUUGCCAUCGCACACUUUUGAGCAGUAAUAAAGAAAACUCUGUUUCAA